AUGUCAGACUUAAAAAUAACCGAGACUCAUAAAACCCGUGCCUCACUCGCAUACCAAGUUUUCAUACUUGGAGCGUUAGCACUGAUGUUUACUAAUAAUGCAGUUAGGUCUAUCUAUGACUUUUGUCAGAAAAAAAAUCUUACUAUUCUCACGAAAUUAGUUUUUAAUCUGGCCGGUCUCGUAAGGGUAUGCUUUGUUGCGGCAAUCGCCGUAGUUCCAUUUGACGUGGACACGCCCACAUGUAAAGGAAUAAUAUAUCCUUCGAUCAUUGGAAAUUUUUUUAUGCAAACUUCUCUUGGGCUGUUUCUCCUUUGGAGACUGAGAUUAAUCGAAAGGAAAAGUUAUGACUUGUGGAUUGGAGGGUUUCUUCUUAUUGUGAGAGCAUUAACUCAACUUGCAGAGGUUUCAAUUACUACUCCACAAGCCAAGUCCUAUCCAAUUGUUGUAGGACUAACGUAUUGUGAAAUGGGAAUAUUUGGCAUUGUAGACAGAGUACUAUUUUAUUCAUACAUAUCGUGUGAUUUGUUGAUAGACUUUUACGUUUCUGGGAGACUUCUUUAUAUCCUCUCUCGAGCUAGGCAUAACGCAAAAAGUAUGCCGGUUAAUAUGCGCCGUCCUCAGAAGCGUUCUUUGUUUACGGCAAUUCUGAUAUGGAAUUUUCUGCGAUUGGCUGGUGCGAUUGCACUCAGUGUUACACUCAUUUAUUAUAAUGCCUCCCAGGCAGAUGACGGUGUUAGAUUUUGGACAAUUCAAGGUACAUGUCUAAUUAUUCUCAGUUACGCUCUCACAGUUGACGCCGAAAUAGUGAGACUCAUCGAAGGACGUCCAGUAAAACCAACAAAUACCAAGGCAAAAGAAUUGGUUGUCAACACUGGAGCACGUUCGACCUCUAGAAGUCAAUCAUCAAGCAUAGCGUUACCCAGAUUUGGAGACAAUAGGUACAACAAUCAGUCUUCUCCCACGUUGAGGGAUAGUCUGAAUACUAUGGUUCCUUCGCCAACUAGUUAUGUGCAUGCAAUCGAUGAAAGUGACUAUCCAAAAACACGCGAAUCGAUACAGAGAGAGUCUUUCUUCAAGCGAGCAUCUACCCUCAUUGGUUCUUCUAUGUUUGGAAAAAACACGUCUACUAAUGAAAGUAGCAAUGCCAACGAUAAUUCGAAUGUUCCGGAAAAGGGUGAUGAGUACAUACUCGUUACGGUAGACAACACUGCCGCUGAUGUACUAAAUACAGCCGAGCCUGAACUAACUACUGUAGAUGAAUCGUCAGUCGACCCUAAAACUGACAUCUGA